CCCAUCUGUUUGCAGGCGAAUGCCAUGGGGCUAGCUAGAGAUUCUACAAACCCAGCAAAACAUGAACCAGCAUAGAUAGGUAGCUUUGAAUGAAAACUCACUUUAUAUAGAAACGUCCGUUCACUGUGCCUUGCUCCGCAGAAAAGUAAUUAUUAAACUACAGAAGCAGGCGUAUCGGUUUGCUUGCAAAAACAAUCACAACACACGUUCAGCUAGCUAGUUAGCCUGCUAACAACUUUCUCCUGCACGCCUCCCAGUUCCUGCACCACGAGCGUGAGGCAAUCAUGUCAGGCAUCAAGAGGAAGAUUGAAGACAAGGACCCAGACUAUGAGGACAUCUCACAGGUUCAGGAGAACAAACGACACAAAGUAGUGGAACAAAAUGCGAGGGAAGCUACGGUGCAGAAGAUUGAGGCCAUCAUCAAAGACCAGUUCUCUUUGGAGAUGAAGAACAAAGAACAUGAGAUCGAAGUGAUCGGACAGCGUCUGAAUGAGGCCAGGCGAAUGAUGGACAAGCUCAGAGCCUGUAUCGUGGCCAAUUACUAUGCCAACGCUGGGGUGCCCAAGCUCCAAGAGCAGGCAUCCAAAAGCGACCCGGCGGUGCUGAACCACCCGGCCAUCAAGCGUUUCCUGGAGUCACCCUCCCGCUCCUCCUCCCCUCUCAACCAGGGCUCGGACGCCCACUCCCUGGGGCCCUCGGAGUCUGAGUCCCUGUCCCAGCAGGGUGAGGGGCCGGAAAGGGACGUGGAGGGCUCCUGGAGAGAGGACAGGGGCAGGCAGGAGCGCAGGCCGGGCCGCAACACAGGGAAGGACACGUUUGGCAUCCCAUCGUCAGGCGUACUGUCGUCAUUCGAGGGGGAGCAGAGGGUGACCUACCACACUACAGGAGAUGAGGCUUCCAGGCUCUACAUAAAGAAGACCAUCGUGGUGGGAAAUGUCUCCAAGUAUAUCCCUCCUGAUAAGCGGGAGGAGAAUGACCAGUCGACCCAUAAGUGGAUGGUGUACGUCAGAGGCUCCAGACGAGAGCCCAGCAUCGAUCACUUUGUCAAGAAAGUCUGGUUUUUCCUGCACCCCAGCUACAAGCCCAAUGACCUGGUGGAAGUCAGUGAGCCUCCGUUCCACCUGACACGUCGUGGCUGGGGGGAGUUCCCUGUCCGCAUCCAGAUCCACUUCAAAGACCCCCGCAACAAACGCAUAGACAUCAUACACCACCUCAAGCUAGACAGAACUUACACAGGCCUGCAAACACUGGGGGCAGAAACGGUGGUGGAUGUCGAGCUCCACAGGAACUCCCUGGGGGACGACUAUGUGCUCUCUUCCUCCAAUGCCCACCACCACCAGCGUGCAGCCAGCCCCUCGUCACCCUCCUUCCUGCCCCAAACCCCAGGUCCCCUCUCUGGCCGCUGCAGCUCUCCACUCCCCCUCUCACAGGACAACCACCCCACCAUCGCAGAGAAAGGUGAGAUACAUGGUUUGCCCAUCAAAGCAGAGGCAGGGAGGUCUGGGGUGUACAGCGCACCCCCCUCAGCUUCGGAACGCACUCCAUCCUGGCCUAAAGUCACAGAGAAGAUCACACUGGGUUCCCAUGGCAACUCAGCCUUCCAGCCAAUCACGGCCAGCUGUAAGAUCAUCCCCCAGGGACAGGUGCCCAGCCCCUCCGAGUCCCCCGGGAAAUCCUUUCAGCCAAUCACCAUGAGCUGUAAGAUUGUGUCAGGUUCACCCAUCUCCACACCCAGCCACUCGCCCCUCCCCCGUACCCACACCUCCACCCCGGUACACAACAAACAGGGCUCCUCCGUACUCAACAACCCUUACAUCAUUGUCGACAAGCCCGGCCAGGUCAUCGGCAUGGCAGCGAACUCCGGCGCCUCCACAGGAUGUACCACAGCCAAGCAGUUGGUUGCGGCCCAGGGCACUCGCUCUCCGGCCUCCAAGGUUCACACAGGAAGCUUCCUGUCCUCAGGGGUCAAGGUCAUUAUCAAGCAGGAGCCGGGGGAAGUUCCCACUCAGCAUCAGCAGCAGAUGGUUUCCUCGGUAACGGCAGCCCAGCAGACCGCCGCCGCAGCAACGCAGCAAUUUGUCGCAGUGAAGGGAGGUCACGUGAUCUCCAUGUCGCCACAGAAACAGACAGGAGGGGCCACCGGAGCAGGGGCCCCACCCAGCAAGGUUAUGGGUAUCCCUGUAGGGUCCGCCCUCCAGGCAGCGGUGAAGCAGGUGGCCAUCAGCAGCGGACAGAUACUGGUCGCCAAGGGUAACCCCUCCGUCUCCAAGGUGAUCGGUGGGAAGCAGGUGGUCGCCCAGGGCGUCGCCAAGGCCAUCGUCAGCGGAGCGGCUGGUAGCAUCAUGGGUCAGCAGGUUGUUGCUAAGGCAACGGGGGCCGCAGGGGGAACGGGAAAGAGCGGAGUGAUGGCUACCCUCCAGCUGCCAGCCAACAACCUGGCCAACCUUGCCAACCUGCCCCCGGGAACCAAGCUAUACCUCACCACCAACAGCAAGAACCCAUCAGGCAAGGGCAAGCUGCUGCUCAUUCCCCAGGGAGCCAUCCUCAGAGCUUCCAACUCAGCAGGUCAGCAGUCCCAGGGCAGCUCCUCUACAGGCUCUGGCUCCCAGACCCCCACCUCAUCCAGCAGCCUGACCUCUAACCUCUCCUACACAUCAUACAUCCUCAAACAGACCCCACAGGGCACGUUUCUGGUUGGCCAGCCGGCGUCGCAGGGCGUGGGGAAGCAGGGCGCGGCCAGUUCCACAGGUCACGUGGUGUCGUCCCCUGCGACCGUCACCCAGCAGGCCAUCCGGGUCACAGCCGGUCAGAAGGCUGCCAUCCUGGCUCAGGCGCUGGGCGGGUCCCAGGUGAAGCUGUCUGACGGCUCAGUGAAAACGGUAACCACGUCGACAGCGGCCCACCUGUCCAAGCCGGCCACGACCAUGCUCAGGAUGACGGGCGGAGUCAUCACAGCCGCUAGUCAACCGCUAGCGGAGGUGUCCGGUCAGGCCAAACCUGUAUCCCACUCUGUCCUGGUGGCAGCCAACCAGGCAGCAGUCAUCAACGCCGCAAAGAAUGCCAGCGCUGCUACCGCCAUUACCAUGGCAAGGAACACCACGGCUGCCGUUACCAUGGCAAAGAAAGCCACGGCAAACGCCGUUACCAUUGCAAAGAGCGCCACCGGUUUGGUAACCAUGCAGAAGGGCGCCACGGCGCCAACUGUCACCUUGGCAAAGGGUCCCAACACCUCUACCACUGUUGUUACCGUUACUAAGAGCGUUACAAACAUGCACGUCAUCAGCAUGGCCAAAGGGGCGGGUUCUAUGGUUGUGGGUGUGCCCAAGAGCGCCAGCACGACAUUGGUCAGUGCGGCAUCGCUGGUCAGCGGGAUGGCAGCAGGGGGAGGAAAGACAGCUGCUACUCUAUCAGGUAUGCUGAAGAUCCACUCUGGCGGGUCCAGCUCCCAGCAGACAGUGCUGGCCAUACCAGCCAACCAGCCCAAACAGCUGGGGGUGGGCACUGGCACAGGAGGGGUACAGACCGUACACAUGCCCGUCAACAAAGUAGUAUUCCAGUCCGGCAGUGUGUCUAAAGGACCAGCUCCCAGUAGUAGCUCCACUCCCUCCCCUGGAGCAGGAGUGGCUGCAGCUGGAGUCUCCCCCAGUCCUGGAGCUGCUACCCAGGCCUCGCCUUCACCCUCCCUCACCCUGCCUCUGGCCCAAGUGAAGACAGAGCCAGGAGUCUCUACACCCGUCUCUGCUACACAUGCCCCUUCGCCCCCUGUAACAGCCCCUGUCGCCUCCUCCACCCCUGUAGCUGCCCCUCCCACUGCGUUCGCCUCAGUCAAACUGGAGCAGGGGGCCGACACCAGCUCACACCACCACAUCGAGGUCAUCAACACGGAACACAUACAGACCCUCAUGCAGCUGCUCACCGCCGUGGUGAAGAAAUCCCCCCUCAUCCUACCAGAGAAGACCGAGGACUCCCAUCCGUUCUGUGCAGUGUCUACUGAGCAGUAUUACUCCUGGAACAUUGGGAAACGCAGGGCAGCAGAGCUCCAGCGAGCGGUGGCAGUGAAGCGUGUGGUCCAGGAUGUGUUGGAGCGCUGCCCCCGCCUGCAAGCCCUCACCCCCCCUAAGACCAGAGAGGUGGUCCAGUGGUGCCGGCAGAGGGGCUACACUCCCCCGGACCCCGAGCCCUUACGCAGCAGCAGGCCUGACGAAGGAACCAUCGAGGACAUCCUCACACAGAUAGACAACGAACCAGAGUGCCCCUCUACCCUGGGUAGCUGUGAGGAGUUGGUCCAGCGGUUGGAGCAGCUGCAGACCCUGCUGAAGACUGAGCCCGAGGAUGAUGACGAUGAAGUCCUAGACAUCGUCAGUGUGACCCCGCCCUCUCAGAGGUUAAAGGUCAAAGAAGAGGAACAGGAAGCGGACCCCGAGCCAAAGUACUUCCUGGCACCCUGCCCCUCGGCCCAGUUCAUCAGCGACACAGCCCAACAGAUUGGGGUGGCCUUUCAGCAGGUGGAGGUGGAGAAGAAUGUGUUUGCUCCGGUGAUCGAGGCCAUGAUUCUCAAGGCGACAGAGCAGUUUGCUAGUGACAUCCUGAGAGAAGCUCUGGCUGGAGCCCAUGUAAAAUCCCCCCAGAACAGGGCUCCCAGGGAGAUCACAGCCAUGAACAUUCACCAGGCGUCCAGCAGCAUCCCCACAUGUGACUUCCUCACCAACACACACAUGGGCUACCUGACCAAGGAGGACUGAUUACACACAACCUAACUAAGGACAAUGGCCACUCAGACUGAGAGAGAUACACGCACACUGGCUACUAGGGCUGGGAAUUACCAGGGACCUCACGAUACAAUAUUAUCAUGAUACUUACGUGCCGAUACGAUAUGUA